AUGGGAGGUCGUAUAAUUCCGAAAGCACUCGUCUUUGGUCUGCUACUGAAGAUAGCAAUCGAUUCCGAUGAACUACGUGGAGUCCGAGGUGAUGUGGCCACUCACCGUGACCCGGCAGGACGUCGUCGUCCCGUGUACAUCGGCGGAUUCUUCCCGAUUGAGGUGCCCUACUUCGCCUCCCUCCCGUCGACUGUAGAAGCGGCCAUAACUCACGUGAAUAAUUUGACGGGAAUUCUGGAUGGUUUUGAGCUAAGAAUGCGAUGGAAUUGGACGCAGGGUAAACCCGCCAACGCUCUACGGAUUCUAAACGACUUUGUUCAAGAUGGUCCACCAGUCUCGAUUACUUGGGGCCCGAUGUUUUCCAGCGUGGCUGUGGUGGUCAAUGAAGUGUUACCGCGAUAUGAUAUCGUGCAGACAGUAAUCGCCUCUUCAGCUACGCUCAAAGACCGCUCCCGUUACCCAUUAACAGUUCAAGUAUCCGUCGACGAAGAUCUCUUGAAUCCCGGUAGAGUUGCGUUCAUAAAACGGAUGGGCUGGAAGAGGGUGGCCUUGAUAUUUGAAGACAACGAGUAUUUCAGACAGAACAUGGCGAAGUUGACGGAGUUGUUAAAGAUUAAUAAUAUAACCGUCUUGGCUACGGAGGCUGUGACUGAUGCAGACCGACCUGAUGAACAGAUCGAGAGCUUGCGGAGGCAUGAUGCUAGAGUGAUCUUCACGGGCUUCUACCCCGAAGUAGCCGUCAAGCUAUUUUGUAAGGUUUUCAAAGCUAAUCUCUACGGAGAAAAAUACGUAUGGAUCUUACUGGGCUGGUACCCUGACGGCUGGUGGAGUGAUGCAUCCGACGUGCCUUGUACCAAUGAGGAAUUCCUAUCGACGUUGGAUCUGCAUAUCUCUUUUGACGGGGACCAGGCUAUUGAUGACGUAGCACUCAUUGACUUCAACGGUGUGAAACCCUACCCGGAGCAGCUUCAAUACCUGGAAGCCCUACAUAACAUGGAGGAUAACUCACGUGACAUCUACGCCUACGACUGUUUGAUGACAAUGGCUCUGGCACUCAAUGCAUCAAUAGCUGAUCUGGAGAAGCUGACUCCACCCAGAGGACUGGACGAGUUUAGCUACGGAGAUGACGAAAUGGCGGGAAUUCUGUUGAGGAACGUUUUGAAGACAGAGUUUAAUGGACUCACAGAUCACGUUGUGAUUGGCGAAGAGGGGGUGCGUCACAGCAUAGUUUACGUCGAACAAUUCCAAGUUGGUCGACCAGUGCGAAUCGCUAUCCACAAUGCCGAAGAUGGUGAAUAUAUCGAAGUCACCGACACGAACAUUAUCUGGAAAGGUCCUAACCGACCGGUUGAUGGAAAGACGGAACUGCCGGAGAUCGUUCGGAUUUCGACCCCUUUCAAGGUUGCGAUUUUCACCGUGGCUGGCGGAGGAGUUUUCCUUGCCUUGCUGUUUCUUGUGCUUAAUGUAGCUUUACGAAAUCGAAGGGCUGUGAAGAUUUCAAGUCCACAGAUCAACAAUCUGAUCGUCUUGGGCUGUCUUCUCCUCUAUUCUUCGGUUUUUGUGUCUGGUGUGGACACACAUGCCUUUUCAGACACAGUCUUUCUGAUUCUUUGCCACUUGAAAGUGGUGCUGGUGUGUGUUGGUAUCUCCUUGUCAUUUGGCUCGCUUCUUAUGAAGACCUACCGAAUCUUCGCCAUCUUCCAGAAGGCUGUGGCGAAAUUCAAGCAAAUUGAUCUGCCAGAUAAAAAGUUGAUAGGAUUUGUAAUGCUGCUAGUGUUGUUAGAUGGCGUCAUCAUGACGUUAUGGGCUGUCUUUGGACAGUUGACGGUGAAUACGUUUCUGCUCGAACCAAAGCUCUCAGAAACCGCCAGUCCACAGAGUGAAAUUUUCAUCGUACCAAAAUUGCGCCAGUGUGGCUCCGUGUACGACAUCUAUUUCAGUAGCGCCCUGUACGGCGUUAAGGGCUUUCUACUCGUCUUCGGUAUUUUCUUGGCGUGGGAGACUAAGAAUGUGAACGUUAAAGGACUGGAUGACAGUAAAUACAUCGCCCUUUCAGUUUACGUGGUGGGUUUAACCAUUGUCUUAGCUGUACCAACCCUACAAGUCUUCAUUAACAAUACGGACAUACAUUUCUGCAUCUACGGAACCGCCGUAGUGUUCGCCAAUACCGUCGUCUUGUGUUUGGUCUUUGUCCCCAAGUUUGCCCUUUGCUACACAUCACGUGGGAGUCAGCUACGCAUCAGCAUGAUGGACACAGCAGGCAGCAGCAGCGCCCAUCAGUCUACCAAUCUAUCUUUGUAUGCCUCUACCAGGGAGGACAGGAACCGCCUUGCCGACCUCCAGCGGACACUUGCAGAGAAGAGAGCGAGUCUUUCCAAGCUACUCCUCGAGUACCACGCAUGCGCGAAAUAACUACCACACACGUCCUAGUACCACACCACGCCCUCUGUUGAUUAUGCACCCGUAACAGUUUGAGAAACAACGUUCGUUGAUAGGGAUGCUGAUGACGAUCUGCAGUUUGGGAUUUUUUUAUGACCACGAUCCUGCCAUAACAUUCUCAUUAGAUAAUUAAAAGUCAAUUAUCAGGCAAACUAUAUGCAAAUUGUAUGCAGAUUACAGUGUUUG